GCUCCAAAUCAGUGCACACCCGCCCUAGAGCGUGCAUACACUACCCUACUACUGUGUCAAGCCAUCUCCAGGGUCCCCUUUGGUGUUGAGGCUCAAGUUGCUUGCCGUGGUCCAGGCUCCAACCGCCGUCCCUUAUCGGCUAUCAACCGUGCCUUUCCGAAUCUGCAACCAUCACGCCGCCUUGCACACGACCGACAACCGACGACGCGCCUGCCCGCCCGAAAUCUCCGCGGCGAUCUCGACUCGGACGUCUUUGCGGACUUGCUCACUGUGCAGCGCCGACCGUGCGCACCGUCCAACGCGUCGACCGUCGCGACACGGCGAGCCUCCUAUCGUCAUCGUCACCACCAUCCUCAUCCCGCUGCGCCGUCACGCUCGCCCGCGCGCCAUCGCGCCAUCAGCCGCCAAUUGCCCGCCGCUCGCUGCGCAAACCGUCAGACGCACUCCGGAGGGUUCCUGCCCACGCCGGAGUGGUGGUAGGCUCCCGCCUCGACUAUGGCAUUGGUAGCGCCACCGGCCAACGAUCGCAAGCGCGUCAAGGUGUACGAGCUGAAGAACAAUGACUGGUUUGACCGGGGCACGGGGUUCUGCAAGGGCGUGGUCGUGAAUCAGGAAGAGGCCAAGAUCCUCGUUCUCUCCGAAGACGACCACGCGCGCCAGCUGCUCGAGACGCGCAUCUCCAAAGACGACGGCUACCAGAAGCAGCAAGAUACGCUCAUAGUAUGGACCGAGCAGAAUGGCACCGACAUGGCCCUCAGCUUCCAGGAGCCAGAGGGCUGCGCGAGCAUCUGGGAUUUUGUCAACGAAGUGCAGUCGCGCCUGCAGACGCUCGCCCAGGAUGACGGCCUCUCCGACGACGUCGACCACAUCAGCCCCAUCAUGCUGCCCAACCCCGACCUGGGCAACCUGCACGACAUCGAGAACCACAUGCGCGCCGCCAACUCGACGCCCGGCGGCCGCGAGGCCCUGGCCAAGUUCAUCCUCGCCCACGACUACAUCCCCAAGCUGAUACCCCUGGUCGAGAUGGCAGAGGACCUGGAGAGCGCGUCCGACCUGCACCGCCUGUGCAGCAUCAUGAAGAUGCUCAUCCUGCUCAACGACACCUCCAUUAUCGAGUACGUCGUCACAGACGCGGUCGUCUUGGGUGUCGUUGGAGCUCUUGAGUACGACCCAGACUUCCCCCUGCACAAGGCAAACCACCGCCAGUACCUCGCCGACGAGUCCAAGUUCAAGGAGGUUGUCAAGAUCGAGGACGACAACAUCAAGCGCAAGAUCCACUACACAUACCGGCUGCAGUACCUCAAGGACGUUGUGCUCGCGCGCAUCCUCGACGACCCCACAUUCUCCGUUCUCAACUCGCUCAUCUUUUUCCACCAGGUCGACAUCGUGCAGCACCUCCAGGCAAACGGCCCAUUCCUCAAGGAGCUUUUUUCCAUCUUCACACCCAAGGAGCAGAACCCCCAGCGGAAAAAGGAUGCCGUGCUGUUCAUUCAGCAAUGUUGCUCUGUAGCUAAGAGCUUACAAGCAAACGGUAGGGCGCAACUGUACCAGAACUUCAUCAGCAAUGGCCUGCUGGAGGUGAUACAAUUCGCGCUCAAGCACCAGGACGCGGCUGUGCGCGUAGCAGGAACAGACAUAUUGGUAUCACUCAUCGAUCACGACGCACUGAUGGUGCGGAGCUACAUCUUCAAGGCCAUCCAAGAAAAGUCCAAGCCAUUGACGGACACUUUGAUCGAGCUCCUCUUGAUUGAGGUUGACCUCGGGGUGAAAGCGCAAAUGGCCGACGCAAUAAAGAUCCUGCUGGAUCCCAACGCGAACUCUGCAUCCAUCGAAGCGCUCGGGCGGACAAAUAGUGACUUCCUCGCCAAGAUGAGGGGCCAACUGCCAUCAAUACCACAGACAGACUCUUUCAUUCAGAAUUUCUACGACGAGUCUGCUCGAAAACUCUUCCAGCCUUUGAAAGAUCUCGAGGGCAAGGAGUCCAUGGAAGACCUUUCCAUACAGGAAGUGUCACUAUACGCCCACCUUGUCGAAGUGCUUUGCUUCUUCAUCCGACAGCAUUCUUUCCGCAGUAAAUACUUCAUUCUUUCCGAAGGCCUAGCGGCGCGAGUCGCUCAGCUCAUGGCCUGCCCAGAGAAGCAUCUAAAACUGACCUCUCUGAAGUACUUCCGUACAGUCAUUGGCCUGCAUGAUGAGACACACAACCGCCAGAUUAUCCAACACCAAGUCUUCGACCCGAUUUUGAAGAUACUAUUCGACACUAUGCCGCGAGACAACCUGCUCAACUCAGCCUGCCUCGAGCUGUUCGAAUUCAUCAAGCGCGAGAACAUCAAGAUGAUUGUACAACACAUGGUCGAAACAUAUCGGGAAAGGCUUCAAGGAAUAACAUACGUUGAUACCUUCCAGAACAUCAUUCUGCGGUAUGAGCAGAUGCACGAGCCAGUGACAACCCAGGAAAUGGACCAGUCGUUUACAAGCGUGGACAGCGACAUACCUGCACGCCAUGCAGGAUUGAUAAAUGGCGGCAAGUGGGGUCAAGGAUUGAAAGAGCCGGAUGCCGACGAAGACGCAUACUUUAACACAUCUGAUGACGAAGACGAUGGCUCUGGUAGUACAGGGAAGCCUGCCAUGAACGGAGCUUCACCGGUAAAGCCACUUGUCAACUAUCCCGACGACGACGCGGACGACGAUGACAUGGACAUCCUCGCAGUCGAUACUCCAGUAUCUGCGAACAAAUCUCCCAAGACGGCUCAGAAACCCGACGAGACCACAUCGCCCAAACCAUCUGUUGUCGGCUCUCCGCCAGAACGCAUAUCCGAGAAGCGACGAAGAGAAGAAGACGAGGAAGACGAGCUGAUCGCCAGUAUAUCAUCCGCAGCUGGUCCCAAGCGCCGCGCCUCGACCUCCAGCAACACAAGUACACCGAGCCUUCGGAGCUUGCGCCGUAAAGCGCCCGCAAUAAAUCCCGGCAAAGAUGGAGGCGGAACCCCCAAGAAAAUCUCUCUAUCCCUGCCGUUGAAGAGCGGGGCCGAAGGCAGCGAGAACGAGUAAGAGGGACAGAUUCAAGCAUGACGCUAUCCAAACAGCCGAGGAGAACGUGCAAGGAGUCGAACAUGGAAUGCAUCGUAUUUCUGCUGCUUGCGAGAUACCCCCUUUUUGGAAAACCCGGGCGCACAUUGUAUGAAAGCAAACUAGGGAGGGCGAGAAGGGAAUACGAAGUACUCUUGGCGACUGGACUGGGGGAAUGGGCAUGGGGCAUUGCAAGGUGUCUGUCUGUUUUUAGGCGUUUUGCUCUUUGAUCGACCGGGAAUGGGAUUGGAUUGGAAGGGAUUGGGACGGAAGUGGGGCUACGAUGAUUGGGAAUGAUGCAAGUAAGAAGUCUCGAAUUAGCGGUCGUCGUUGGAUUUUUUUCUUCUCUCUCUCUCUCUUCUUCUGUGUUGCAUGGAUAAGUGGGAAGAGGUUGGGGAGGGCAUGGGCCUGUGUAUCAUAUCUUAGCGCUGUUGCUUGUCGAAAUGUCACUGUUCUGAGAAGAA